AUGUCGGAUCAGCAAGAAAACGGCAAGGCCAGCGUUGAUGUUUCCAGACCGGAAACGGCCGCAGACGUUCACCGUUUGCUUUCCAGGUACACAAAGACCGGAAAGAGCGCCGAAAAGAAGAAAAUACUCAGACUGUUACAAGGAGUCAACAAGGAGAGACAGGAGUUUGAGCAGAAGUCUGUGCAGUUGGAGAAAUCGUGGGCUAAGAACACCGAACAGGUCGACCUGGACUUGCUGCGUGUUCAGCUGCUUGCGUUCAACCUGUUGAGCAAAGACUUGGACCUGCCGUUCGAAGUUCAAACCAGUCUGUUGGGUAAGCCCCAAGUGGAAAGUGUUGAUUCAGACUUGGAGUUCGGCGUCGAUUACACAGAGAAGGCAGAGAUUCUGGGAUUGGACUCGUACAAGACCAUACCGAAUCCAGAGAUCCACUCUGUUGGCCUUGCUGAGGGCGAGGCCAUUGUCAAGGACAAGCUCGAGGCUCGUGUUUUGGAGUUGUCCAAAUUGCCAGCCAAUAUAGGUCUUUACGAUGCCGGCGAUAUUGAGAACGACCUGUCCAAAACUGCAGCUGACGUCCUGGAUAAUGUUGACGAGACCAAGAUCCGCGCACUCAACGAGCUCAAGGCCAUCAAGCUGCUGCCCGAACAGAAACAGCUGCGCCGAAAACUGCUGCAGAGCACGCUGUCAAGUGCGGUCACGCGCGACGGCAAGUACGGCUCCAACAGUUUCCGCUCGUUCAAACGCUCGUUCUCCAUUAGAGAUAAACAGAAGAUCGAACAAACAUCUAGACUCGCCGAGAAGCUGCAAGAACAACAGCGCCGUGAGAAGGAGGAGCUCGAGCACGAUUUCCAGACCCAGAAAGUGAACCGUCUGGCUGCCAUUUUCGACGAGGUCAGAGAAGAACUGGAGGAAAAGAGAAAUGCACGGCACUCGCUUGCCAAGUCGCUCCAGCAUUUCCAUUCGCAGGUGGAGAAAGACGAGAGCAAGAAGUUGGAGAAGAUCGCCAAACAGAGACUGGCCGCUUUGCGGUCGAAUGACGAAGAAGCCUAUAUGCAACUGUUGACCCGUACUAAGGAUACAAGACUACACCAUUUGAUCCAGCAAACCAACAAUUUCCUGGACUCCUUGGCCAACGCCGUCAAGGUGCAGCAGGACGAGACCAGAGCUAUCAACAUGCAGGACCGUGCCGAAGAAGGACUGGAACCUUUGGAGGAGGAAACUGCGGAAGAUGCAGAAACCCGUCGUGAGAAAAUUGACUACUACGAGGUUGCUCACCGGGUGAAGGAGAAAGUGGAGAAACAACCCGCCCUCUUGGUUGGAGGUACAUUGAAGGAGUACCAGCUGAAAGGUUUAGAGUGGAUGGUUUCCUUGUACAAUAACAACUUGAAUGGUAUUCUGGCAGACGAGAUGGGUCUGGGUAAGACCAUCCAGUCGAUCUCCCUGAUCACGUAUCUGAUUGAGGCCAAGAAAGAGCGCGGCAAGUUCCUUGUGAUUGUUCCGCUCUCCACCAUAACCAACUGGACGUUGGAGUUUGAAAGAUGGGCUCCUGCUGUGAAGACAAUUGUUUACAAAGGUUCUCAGAACCAGCGGAAACAGCUACAGUAUGAGGUGAGAAGCGGAAACUUCUCUGUGUUGCUCACAACUUACGAAUACAUCAUUAGAGACCGGCCGUUGCUGUGCAAGUUCAAAUGGGCGCACAUGAUCAUCGAUGAGGGUCACCGUAUGAAGAAUGCCACCUCGAAACUGUCGCUCACUUUGCAACAAUACUACCACACCAGAAACAGACUGAUUUUGACAGGUACUCCAUUGCAGAACAACUUGCCUGAGCUUUGGGCGUUGCUGAACUUUGUUCUUCCAAAAGUGUUCAACUCUGUUAAGUCUUUCGAUGAGUGGUUCAACACUCCUUUCGCCAACACUGGCCACCAGGACAAGCUCGAGCUUUCUGAAGAAGAGAGUUUGCUGAUUAUUAGAAGAUUGCACAAGGUUUUGAGACCGUUCUUGCUGAGAAGACUGAAGAAAGAUGUGGAGAAAGAUCUUCCAGACAAGGUUGAGAAGGUCGUCAAGUGCAAGCUUUCUGGACUGCAGUCGUCGCUUUACAAGCAGAUGUUGAACCACAACGCUCUCUUUGUUGGUAUUGGUACUCAGGGAGCUACCAAGACCGGUUUGAGAGGUCUGAACAACAAGAUCAUGCAGCUGAGAAAGGUCUGCAACCAUCCUUACGUUUUCGAGGAGGUUGAGGAUAUCGUGAACCCGACACGGAUGACGACAGAUUUGAUAUGGAGAUCCUCUGGAAAGUUCGAGCUGUUGGACAGGGUGCUACCGAAGUUCAAAGCUUCUGGGCACAAGGUGUUGAUUUUCUUCCAAAUGACCCAGGUGAUGGACAUUAUGGAGGACUAUUUGCGGUUCAGAGACAUGAAGUACAUGCGUUUGGACGGAUCCACCAAGGCGGAUGACCGUCAGGAUAUGUUGAAAGACUUCAAUGCCCCAGACUCGGAGUACUUCUGUUUCCUGCUGUCUACAAGAGCCGGUGGAUUGGGUUUGAACUUGCAGACCGCAGACACUGUCAUUAUUUUCGACACCGAUUGGAACCCGCACCAGGACUUGCAAGCACAGGACAGAGCGCAUCGUAUUGGUCAGAAGAACGAGGUGCGUAUCCUGAGACUGAUCACAGAGGACUCUGUGGAGGAGGUUAUCCUGGAAAGAGCACACCAGAAGCUGGACAUCGACGGAAAGGUUAUCCAGGCUGGUAAGUUCGACAACAAGUCGAGUGCCGAAGAGCAGGAAGCGUUCCUGAAGCGUCUGUUGGAGGCAGAGAAGCAGAAGGCUGAGGACGAAGAGGACGACGAGCUAGACGACGAGGACCUGAACGACAUUCUUGCGAGAAACGACGACGAGAAGGUGAUGUUUGCCAAGAUGGACAAGGCGCGGUUCGAGGCUGACAAGAAGCUGGACGGUCCGCGUUUGAUGACGUUCGAGGAGCUGCCACCUGUGUUCAAGGAGGACAUUGCAGACCAUCUGGAGAAGGAGAAGCCGGACUCUGCUGUGAAGCGGGAGAGAAAGCGGGUUAUCUACGACGACGGGCUUACCGAAGAGCAAUGGCUGGAUGCGAUGGACGCCGAGGAUGACACGGUCGAGGCUGCUGCGGAGCGGAAGCGACAGUCGAUGCAACGGCGGCGGACGAAGCGGUCUGCUGCCGCGGAGCUCGAUGAGGACGAAGACGAGACGCCGCGCAAGAGACGCAGCACCAAGUCGGCGACGCCAAUGAGCGACGAGAGCUUUGCCGAGGACGACGGCCAGGAGCCGUUUGUUGGACUGUGCCAGGCAGUGCUGGAAAAGCUGGCGGCCGUCACUGACAACGAGGGCCGUUCGCGGUCGGAGCUGUUCAUGGUGGCACCAUCCAGAAAGCUUUAUCCGGACUACUACCAGAUUGUAAAGAAAGCCGUUGCAAUCAAGGACUUGCAAAAGGGCCUCAAGAACGGGUCGAUCGUGGACUACGAGAUGUUCAAGGAGAAGCUGGAGCUGAUGUUUACGAACGCCAAGCUUUACAACGAGGAAGGGUCGGUCGUGUACGAGGACGCUGUGGAGCUCGAGAAGGUCGCAAACGAAGAGUUGGCCAAGGUGGACGCCGAGCUGGGCGUGGAAUAG